AUGGCAAAUGAAUUGAAUUUUUAUGUUUUAAAAACAAUUGAAUUGCAAGGUGUAGAAAAACUGUAUUGUCUUCAUGGAAAUUGGUCUUCAAUAAUUCAUAUAGCACAUUUUUCUCAAACAAGUUCAUCUAUUCUUACAGAACGUAUUCAUUAUAUAAUUAAACAAUUAUUAAAAAAACAUCCGCGACUUCGUUCUCGUAUUCGUGUUAUACGUUCAUUUGAUUCACAAACAAAUAAUGAAAAACAUCUUUUAGAUUUAUUUGAUUAUGAUGAAGAAUUAUUUUCUCGAACGGAUAUAUUACAAAAUUUUUAUUCAUUUUAUUCCGGAAAUGAAAAUUGGAUGAAAAUAGCUGAAAGUUUAUCAAAUGAAAAUCCUUAUAAUAAAGAAUUAGCUUAUAUUUUUCCUUUAUUUCAUUUUAAAUUAAUUUUUAAUGAAAAUUCUCCUGAAAAUUCGCAUUUAAUUCUAUUAACAAAUCAUUCUAUUUCUGAUGGACAAAGUGGUUAUAUUAUUUUACAUGAUUAUUUAACAUUAGCUACACAAAAUGAAUGCGUUGAAUGGGAAAUAAAUAGAAAUCUAAGUCCUAAUCUAAUAGAUUUAACAGAAAAACCAUAUACAUUUCUAUAUCCUAUUAUUUCGAAAUUAUGUAAUAUUGUUUAUAGUUGUCAAAUGAAAUAUUUAGAUAAUAAAUUACCUACAAAAUCAAUUCUUAUUAAUUCUAAACAACCAAAUGAUAAACGAUAUCCAUAUAUUCAACCAAUGCGUACUCAUUUUCUAUUUACAUCAUGUUCAAAUGAUCAUUAUGAACAUCUUCGAUCUAUAUGUCAUAAACAAAAUUUAACUCUUCAUGGACCAUUAUUUGCAUGUUUAAUAUUAACUAUUCAAUAUUUAUUUUUUCCGAAAUUUAAACGAGAUAUUCUGAUGAAUUUCGAUAUUUCAAUUGAUUAUAAUAUGCGUAAUCGUUUGUUAUUAAAUGAUUAUUCUCUUAAAGAAAUAGUUGGAUUUUAUAUUGGUGUUAAUUCUAUUGAUUUAUCUGAUAUAUCAGUAAAUAUGAAUUUUUGGUCUUUAGCAAAUUAUUGUUCAAAAGAAACAAAUAAGAAAUUAUCCGAUGGUGAGGUAUCAUUCAAUACACAUAUUUUUUCUAAUAUAAUUAAUGAUGAUAAAAAUGAUUUUUUUCAUUUAAUGGGAAAAUCUUCUGAUGGAUGUUUAUCUGAAAUGAAUUAUUCUAAUCUUGUUCAAUUUAUUAUUCUUCAACAAUUAUUUAUUUAA